AUGAAUAUGAAGUCUUCUUCCAAACCCAUUUCCAGUCCCGGUCGGCCCGAUAAGUUCCCUCCACCUCUGAUGCGAUUCUUAAGAACCAACGUCGCCAGUCGGAGCCGAGGCAGGUCAAGGUCAAGCCCCAUGUUCGUCAGGAAAAGGACCACUGCCAUUGAUUCUCAAGAACCUUCUUCCCCCAAGGUCACCUGCAUGGGCCAAGUCCGAGUUAGACGUUCCUCCAAACAUCAUCAUGCCGCCGCUAAACGGAAUCGAAAUAACGGCGACACGAGUCCCACCAGAUGCAGCCGCCGCUGCUGGUGGUUCCGGGAUGGUCUCUGUUGCUGCCGUCUCGCCGCUAAAAUCAGGCCCAGCUCCUGCCACUGCCACUGCCCCUCCAAGCCCCUUUGGCCCAACUGUAGCUUCUUAUUCAGUUUUCGAAGUAAAAGAACUAAGGUGAGACAAGAUUCAGCUAUAAGUCAAUUGAAUCUCAGGGAGAGGUACAAUGAAGAGACGCAGCAUGGAGAUUACGAAUUAGAGGAAGAGGGAUUCCAAGAACGAGCUGACGCGAAUGCGAAUGAGGAUGUUCCUGUGCCGACCACGCCACCCAAAAACGCCUUGCUAUUGACUAGAUGUAGAUCAGCCCCAUACAGAUCUUCAUCUUUGGCUUCUAGGUUCUGGGGUUCGCCAUUGGAUAAUGAAGAAACAGAGGAGGGGCAGAAAACAGAGCAGCAAAAUGGACAGCAGACCGAACACGAGAAAACUACCUCCCAGAUAGAAUCAGUUUCAGAUAAAGAAGGGAGAUUGGAUCCGAGAGCAGAGGAAGAGCCUGGGUUUUUCAAAGGGCUUGAAGAUACAGUCAAAGAGAGAAUUAUCAAAUCCGAAAACGCUCGAGACUUGAAGAGGUGGGAUGGAGGGGGAGACUCUGCACGUCCUCUCAUACUCACAAGGUGCAAAUCGGAGCCGGCAAGGACCUCUCAGAAACUUGAUCCUGAGAUAAAUUUCUGGAAAAAGAGAAGGCUGGGUUUGGCUGGUUCAAGCUCGCCGCAUUAUUUUCACUGUUCGGACAUCUGGGGCUGUACGAGAGAAUCUCCAUAGCUCUGUGAGUGACAUCAAAAGGGCAAAUUUCAUCAGGAGUACAUAGAAAGAAAAAACACAGAAAUGGUUGUAGCGGGUGUGAAUUCAUAACAUUUCAUAUCAUAAACUGUGUCAGUCAGGGGUGUGGAGGUAACCGUACUUGACUGUGUUUGUAGAGAAGAAACUAAAACGAUGUUGCGAAAAUAAAGAACGUCUCUUGCUGAUCUCUGGUUUUGCUUUUUAUCUGCAUUUUUUUGUGUUGGUUUGUCCAACGGUUCAUGUCAUCGAACUUCGUCCAUUUCAAAAGUACCUUUGGAUCCUCUGACCCACUUUCCCCACCCGGUGGUGUAAACGGGGACUGCAAACACAGUUACUUUAUUGUAUGUUUAUUGCUUUUGUGACUCUGAGGC